CAGGACCCUGCGGAGGGGUAAGAGCACCCUCAGGCCCUCUCUCCUUUGUCUCUGGUUCGCCUAGUCACCUGCACUCCAGCCCCUGCUCCUUGCCCAUCCCAACCUUCCCGGCCUGGCACCCCGGAAGCCACUGCGAGGAGGGCCGUGGCCAGGCUCAGCCUCGCGCUGCCCCCAGGCGGCCAGGGCCAGAUGGCCCAGGGCAGCAGAGGGCGGAAAAUGGUUCUUACGGCGGGGGUCGAGGGCUGUUGCCCACCUUCAGGGCCCGACAUGGAGGAGCUGCUCCGGGGCGUGGAGAGAGACCUGAACAUCGACGCCCGGCAACUGGCCCCGGCGCCGGGGGGCACCCACGUGGUGGCCCUAGUGCCCGCGCGUUGGCUGGCAGGUCUCCGCGAGCGCCGGCUGGGACCCUGUCCCCGGGCCGAAGGCCUGGGUGAAGCGGAAGUCAGGACCCUGCUGCAACGCUCCGUACAGAGGCUGCCCUCGGGCUGGACGCGAGUGGAGGUGCACGGGCUGCGGAAACGGAGACUGUCUUACCCGCUGGGCGGAGUCUUGCCAUCCGAAGAGGGGUCCUGUAGCCCCGAAACUCUCACUCGCUUCAUGCAGGAGGUGGCGGCCCAGAAUUACCGGAACCUGUGGCGCCAUGCAUACCACACUUACGGGCAGCCGUACAGGCACAGCGCUGCCCCGUCAGCUGUGCCUGCCCUGGACUCUGUACGGCAGGCUCUACAGAGGGUCUACGGAUGCGCCUUCCUGCCGGUGGGCGAAUCCGGACAGUGUCCAUCAAGUGUCAGAGAUGGGCCCUGCGCCUCUCGGGGCAGCCCUGCCUGCCCCAGCCUUUUGCGAGCUGAGGCCCUGCUGGAGUCACCGGAGAUGUUGUAUGUGGUUCAUCCUUAUGUGCCAUUCUCCCUGCAUGAUGUCGUUACCUUCAGCCCUGCCAAGCUGACCAACAGCCAAGCCAAGGUGCUCUUCAUUCUCUUUCGUGUCCUGAGGGCCAUGGACGCCUGCCACCGCCAGGGGCUGGCCUGUGGAGCCCUGUCUUUGCACCACAUUGCUGUGGAUGAGAAGCUUUGCAGCGAGCUCCGGCUGGACUUGAGUGCUUACGAGAUGCCUUCUGAGGACGGGAACCAGGACGUCUCUGUAGGAAAAAACGGGACAGGUAUUAGGUCCGAAAAAGAGGGGGCAGGGAGACCCGAGUGCCCCACCUGUCAGAAGGAACUUAGGGGCCUUGUGCUGGACUGGGUCCAUGGCCGAAUCAGCAACUUCCACUACCUCAUGCAGCUGAAUCGGCUGGCAGGUCGACGGCAGGGGGAUCCCAACUAUCACCCAGUGCUGCCCUGGGUGGUGGACUUUACCACGCCCUAUGGGCGCUUCCGAGACCUCCGGAAAUCCAAGUUCCGACUCAACAAGGGAGAUAAGCAGUUGGACUUCACUUAUGAGAUGACCCGGCAGGCGUUUGUAGCAGGUGGUGCGGGAGGGAGCGGGGAGCCGCCCCACGUCCCGCACCACAUCUCAGACGUGCUCUCCGACAUCACGUACUAUGUCUACAGGGCUCGGCGCACGCCCCGCGCGGUGCUCUGUGGGCACGUCCGGGCGCAGUGGGAGCCGCACGAGUACCCCGCCACCAUGGAGCGGAUGCAGACCUGGACGCCUGAUGAGUGCAUCCCCGAAUUCUACACAGACCCCUCCAUCUUUUGCUCCAUUCACCCUGACAUGCCCGACCUGGAUGUGCCUGCCUGGUGCAGCUCCAACGAGGAGUUUGUGGCUGCCCACAGGGCGCUGCUGGAGAGCUGGGAGGUGUCCCAGGACCUGCACCACUGGAUUGAUCUUACUUUUGGCUACAAACUCCAGGGCAAGGAGGCUGUGAAGGAGAAGAAUGUGUGUCUGCAUCUGGUGGAUGCCCACACCCACCUGACCAGCUAUGGUGUGGUGCAGCUCUUUGACCAGCCACACCCCCAGCGCCUGGCUGGGACUUCCGCUCUGGCUCCUGAGCCUCCCCUCGUCCCCCGGCUGCUGAUGCAGACCAUUCAGGAGGCCACAGGCCAGGAGGACAUUUCAGGACAGCUUAUAAAUGGUGCGGGCAGGCUUGUGUUAGAGGCCACUCCAUGUGAGACUGGCUGGACUAGAGACAGGCCGGUGUCGGGGGAAGAUGAUUUAGAACAGGCUACAGAAGCUCUGGAUUCCAUCUCCCUCCCUGGGAAAGCUGGGGACCAGCCAGCCGUUUCCUCCAGUCAGGCCUCACCUGGCCUGUUGUCCUUUUCAGCAACUUCAGGCUCUCGACCAGGCUGCAGGAGCAAAGCGUCUGGGUUGGACCCUGGGGAGGGCAAAGAAGGGAGGAUUGUUCUUCCGGAGGGCUUCAGUCCCUUACAAGCCUUGGAGGAGCUGGAGAAAAUGGGUAACUUCCUGGCCAAAGGCCUAGGGAGCCAAUUGGAGGUACCUGACCAGCCUCAGGUCCAGCCACCCGUGCACCUACAGAGCCUCUUUCAUCGAGACAUGCAGGCACUGGGUGUCCUGUUGGCUGAGAUGGUGUUUGCCACCAGGGUCCGGACACUGCAGCCUGAUGCGCCUUUGUGGGUACGCUUUGAAGCUGUUCGGGGUCUCUGCACACGCCACUCCAAGGACAUCCCGGUGUCUCUGCAGCCUGUGCUGGACACACUUCUGCAGUUGAGUGGACCCAAAAGUCCCAAGGUGGUGAAGAAGGGCAGGCUAGACCCGCUGUUUGAGUACAGGCCUGUUUCCCAGGGGUUGCCCCCACCCAGCCCAGCCCAGCUCCUCAGCCCCUUCAGCUCUGUGGUCCCCUUCCCUCCAUACUUCCCAGCUCUGCACAAGUUCAUUCUCUUGUAUCAGGCCAGGCGUGUGGAAGACGAGGUCCAGGGGCGGGAGCUGGUGUUUGCUUUAUGGCAACAACUGGGUGCUGUGCUAAAUGACAUCACUCCCGAGGGCUUGGAAAUCCUGCUGCCUUUUGUGCUAUCACUCAUGUCUGAAGAGCACACGGCUGUGUACACAGCCUGGUAUCUUUUUGAACCUGUUGCCAAGGCCCUGGGCCCCAAAAAUGCCAAUAAGUACCUCCUGAAGCCUCUCAUUGGUGCCUAUGAGAGCCCCUGCCGGCUGCAUGGCCGCUUCUACCUGUACACUGACUGUUUUGUGGCCCAGCUGGUGGUGCGGUUGGGCCUGCAGGCCUUCCUCGUCCAUCUGCUGCCCCAUGUUCUGCAGGUACUGGCUGGCGCGGAGGCCUCCCAGGAGGAGGGCAAAGGCCUGGUCGGGACCACUGAGGAUGAGGAAAGCGAGCUUCCAAGGUCCGGGCCUGGCUCCUGUGCCUUUGGGGAGGACAUUCAGAUAGAUGGGGACCCUGCUGCUUCCUCAGGCCUGGGGCUCCCAGACUACAGGUCGGGCGUCAGCUUCCACGACCAGGCCGACCUGCCAGACACGGAGGACUUCCAAGCCGGCCUCUAUGUGGCUGAGUCUCCACAGCCCCAGGAAGCUGAGGCUGUGAGCCUGGGCCAGCUGAGUGACAAGAGCAGUGCUAGCGAGGCCUCACAGGGCGAGGAGCGGGGUGGCGAUGAUGGCGGUGCCCCUAUGGACAAGAACAGCCUCCAGUCAGGUGACAGUAGCCAGGACUUGAAGCAGAGUGAGGGCUCCGAGGAAGAGGAGGAGGAGGAAGGCUGUGUGGUGUUGGAGGAGGAGGAAGAACAAGAUGACGUUACAGGAGCAUCUGAGCUCGCCCUGUCUGACACAAUGCUGUCCAUGGAGACGGUUGUGGCUCCUGGUGAUGGACAAGACAGAGAAGAAGAAGAGGAGCCCCUGACAGAGCAGGCGGAAGGCAAAGAACAGAAGAUCCUCCUGGAUACAACCUGCAAGAUGGUCCGCUGGCUGUCCGCCAAGCUUGGCCCCACGGUGGCCUCUCGCUAUGUGGCCCGGAACCUGCUGCGCCUGCUGACAUCGUGUUAUAUCGGGCCCACUCGGCAGCAGUUCACAGUCAGCGGUGGCGAGAGCCCCCCGUUGAGCGCCGGCAACAUCUACCAGAGGAGGCCAGUCCUGGGUGAUAGAGUGUCGGGGCCCGUGCUCAGCUGUCUGCUCCACAUCGCCCACCUGUAUGGAGAGCCCGUCCUCACCUACCAGUACCUGCCGUACAUCAGCUACCUGGUGGCCCCGGGGAGCAACUCAAGCCCCAGCCGACUGAACAGCCGCAAGGAGGCAGGGCUGCUGGCGGCCGUGACGCUGACUCAGAAGAUCAUCGUGUACCUCUCGGACACGACCCUCAUGGACAUUCUGCCCCGCAUCAGCCACGAGGUCCUGCUGCCUGUGCUCAGCUUCCUCACCUCCCUCGUCACAGGGUUCCCCAGUGGGGCCCAGGCCCGGACUGUCCUGUGCGUGAAGACCAUUAGUCUCAUCGCCCUCAUCUGCUUGCGCAUUGGCCAGGAGAUGGUCCAGCAGCACCUGAGCGAGCCGGUAGCCACCUUCUUCCAAGUCUUCUCUCAUCUGCACGAGCUCCGGCAGCAGGAUCUGCAGCUGGAUCCCAAGGUCUGUACCGAGGGCCAGCUGCCAGAGGCGACCUUCUCUGAUGGGCAGCGUCGGCCGGUGGACCCCUCCCUGCUGGAAGAGCUGCAGAAGGUGUUCACCCUGGAGAUGGCCUACACCAUCUACGUCCCCUUCUCCUGCCUGUUGGGCGACAUCAUCCGAAAGAUCAUCCCCAACCACGAGCUGGUCGGGGAGCUGGCAGGACUGUAUCUGGAAAGCAUGAGCCCGAGCGCUCGCAACCCAGCCAGCAUGGAGCCCAGCAUGCCUAGUGCCGGCCCUGAAUGGAACCCUCAGGGUGGGGGCUGUUUCCGGGAUGAUGGACACUCGGGGACCUUUGGGAGUGUCCUGGUUGGAAACCGCAUCCAGAUCCCAGACUCUCAGCCCGAGAGUCCUGGGCCACUGGGCUCCAUGUCUGGAGUGGGUGUUGGGGGCCUCAGUAACAGGAGUGAAGACAAUGCCCUGAAGCGAGAGCUUCCCCGGAGUGCCCACGGCCUGAGCGGGAACUGGCUGGCGUACUGGCAGUAUGAGAUCGGUGUGAGCCAGCAGGAUGCCCACUUCUGCUUCCACCAGAUCCGCCUGCAAAGUUUCCCUGGUCACACGGGGGCCGUCAAAUGUGUGGCCACCCUGAGCAGUGAAGAUUUCUUUCUGAGUGGCAGCAAGGACCGUACUGUGCGCCUGUGGCCACUGUACAACUAUGGGGAUGGGACCAGUGAGACGGCCCCCCGCCUCAUCUAUGCCCAGCACCGCAAGAGCGUCUUCUACGUGGGCCAGCUCGAAGCCCCGCAGUACGUGGUGAGCUGUGAUGGGGCAGUGCACAUCUGGGACCCCUUCACAGGGAAGACCCUUCGCACGGUGGACCCCUCAGACAGCCGGGUGCCCCUGACCGCUGUAGCUGUCAUGCCUGCUCCCCACACCAGCAUCACCAUGGCCAGCUCUGACUCCACCCUGCGCUUUGUGGACUGCAGGAAGCCUGGCUUGCAGCAUGAGUUCCGACUGGGCGGAGGGCUGAACCCUGGGCUUGUUCGCUCCUUGGCAGUCAGCCCCAGUGGCCGUAGUGUUGUCGCUGGCUUCUCCUCGGGCUUCAUGGUGCUCCUGGACACCCGCACGGGCCUGGUUCUACGAGGCUGGCCAGCCCAUGAAGGGGACAUUCUGCAGAUCAAGGCCGUGGAGGGCAGCACGAUAGUGAGCUCCUCUUCCGACCAUUCCCUGACGGUCUGGAAGGAGCUGGAGCAGAAGCCCACACACCACUACAGGUCGGCAUCCGAUCCCAUCCACACCUUCGACUUGUAUGGCAGCGAGGUGGUCACUGGCACUGUGGCCAACAAGAUCGGCGUCUGUUCUCUGCUUGAGCCACCCUCCCAGGCUACCACAAAGCUCAGUUCUGAGAACUUCCGUGGCACACUCACCAGCCUGGCCGUGCUGCCUACAAAACGCCACCUUCUGCUGGGCUCGGACAAUGGCAUCACCCGCCUCCUGGCAUAGGUUCAGGCAGGAGUGGGCUGUGGGCAAGGGUGAAGUGACAGCCCUCAGAUCCCCUCCUCAGCCUUGACCUCUCAGCAGCCUCCUCUAGGCAAGUCCCAGGCUCUGGGUACCCACAUGGCCUGCUGUCUGGGAUCACACAGCUCCUAAAUCUCCAAAACCAUGAAGUUGCUUCAUUCAUGGAACUGGGGAGAUGCUGUUUCCAAACAGCAAGACAGGGAGCAGGGAGAAGCACUGAGGUCCUCAUUGCUCCCCAGCUCUGCCUUCCAGAUUCACAGGAGCGGGACCCUCCAGGAAAUGAAAGGAGAGGGCCUGUGCUCAGCCAGCUUCUUCUAGCCAAGCCCUCCCUAGCUCUGCCUCCCAUCCGUGUACUGACGGUACCUGGGCUCCAGCCUAAGGAGGGCUAGCCAUGACCCAGGAGUUUAAGGACUUGAGCUGGGGGGAAGUAUCUACCUGGCCAGGUCUUCCCAGUAUGGGACCAGAAAAGUGGGGAGAGGGGAAGUAGAGCCAGGGAAGAGGUUAUAUGGACCCAGAUGGUCCAGGAAUGAAUCCAUGCCUUGCCUUGUACCCCGAACCACAAGUGUUUGUGCCUUGAGCUGGGGAGGCAGCCCUUGGGACCAGCACCCCUAGGGAGAAGGGGCAGCAAGAAUCAUCUCUGCAUCUCAGGUUCCUCCCUGGGGUGGGAAAAGCCUGGCAUCUCUUGAGUCCCCAUUUGGAGCAGAGAAGAGGUCUGAGAUGAGGCCCCUGCUGCCUCCUCACUAUUUGCAAUCCAUGUAAAUAUCAAUAAAUUCUUUGGAAGAGCCACGGA